CCUCAAGUCAUCCAACAUCCCUCAGCCAACAUUCCACAAAGCAAUUCGGCUCGAAGCACCAACGUCUUCACACACAACAAAGCCACCAUGAAGUUCUCCAUGAGCACCAUCAUUCUCGCCGCUCUGGCCGUCACCAACGUCGCAGCUCUGCCAGUCGCUGGACAGGACGAAAACGCCAAGGUCCGCCGCGACGACAUCAUCGAGAGGGCCCCAGAUGAAAUCGAAAAGACCAAGGAUGAACAGGAUGACCACGUCAAAGUCCGCCGCCAGUUUCCGCUCUGGGUCCCACCAAACGCCUGCCCGACGUUCCCGCAUUGCUGAACAAACAUACCACCGCGAAACCGGAUGCGAGGAGUAUCAUUGCUGGACACUUGGCUGCACUCCUUCGUCCUCGUUGAGGUUUCGAAAAAUUCGUACGGUCGUGGAAUCGAGUUGGAAGGUUUGAUUACAAUUGAUUGUUUGGCAAUGUGGAACACUCUUUACGCAGGAUCGGAAGAUUUGGCUGCGGCUGAUCGCACGGCAAACUGGCACAUUCAUUUCAAGGGGGGGAUUGAAAUUGGGCACGGCUCCACGAGCAUCUUGCAAUGCCAUAUCCGUACUCAUAACGUAUCGAAUGCUGUAUUCGCGAGUCGC